CGGCGGCUCAGCAAUGGCGAGACCAUGCCGCGUCACUGCUCCGCCGCCGGCUGCUGCACACGGGAUACGCGCGAGACGCGCAAUCGCGGCAUCUCCUUCCACAGACUUCCCAAAAAGGACAACCCAAGGCGAGGCUUGUGGCUGGCCAACUGCCAGAGGCUGGACCCCAGCGGCCAGGGCCUAUGGGACCCAGCAUCCGAGUACAUCUACUUCUGCUCCAAACACUUCGAGGAGAACUGCUUUGAGCUGGUGGGAAUCAGUGGGUAUCACAGGCUGAAGGAGGGGGCAGUUCCCACGAUAUUUGAGUCUUUUUCCAAGUUGCGCCGGACAACCAAGACCAAGGGGCACAGUUACCCACCUGGUCCCCCUGAUGUCAGCCGGCUCCGGCGAUGCAGGAAGCGCUGUUCUGAGGGCCGAGGGCCCACAACUCCUUUUUCUCCACCUCCACUUGCUGAGGUCACCUGCUUUCCUGUGGAAGAGGCCUCAGCACCUGCUGCUUUGCCUGCCUCGCCUACUGGGAGGCUGGAGCCUGGCCUCAGCAGCCCCUUCUCAGACCUCCUGGGGCCCCUGGGUGCCCAAGCAGAUGAAGCAGGCUGCAGCGCCCAGCCCUCACCGGAGCGGGAGCCAGAGCGGCAGCCAUCCCCUCUUGAGCCGCGGCCUGUGUCACCCUCAGCCUACAUGCUGCGCCUCCCACCACCCGCUGGAGCCUACAUCCAGAAUGAGCACAGCUACCAGGUAGGCAGUGCCCUGCUCUGGAAGCGGCGGGCUGAGGCUGCACUCGACGCCCUGGACAAGGCCCAGCGCCAGCUGCAGGCCUGCAAGCGGCGGGAGCAGCGGCUGCGGCUACGGCUAACCAAGCUACAGCAGGAGAGGGCACGGGAGAAGCGGGCACAGGCAGAUGCCCGCCAGACUCUGAAGGAGCAUGUGCAGGACUUUGCUAUGCAGCUGAGCAGCAGCAUGACCUGAGUGAGGGGCCACUGGACACAGGGCUGGCAAAUGAGCUGCCUUUCAGGGCUCUAGCCUCUUCCUCAGAAUCCACCUGGAAAGGGACCUGAUCUGUGCUGCAUCCACCAGAUCUACUGGAUGCCAUAAUAAAGUGGGUUUUAGGAGGCCCUA